AUGGCGCUUCCUACCAUCAAGGACAUUGCGGAGAUGAUGAAGACUUUCACUAAGGGGAUGAAUCUCCCUCCGAAGCUGCCGAAGGAGAUUCUGAAUAAGACCGUAAACCUAAGCCCUGAGAUUCCUUCGCCUGAUGACUCGGAGCAAUGCCUUAAUAGCCAGACCGGUGAAGUGUAUUAUAUCAACAAGAUCACUGGCGAGAGGACAAAGGAAGAACCCUGGAGCCCCCGCAGUAGCCACUACUCCAACUCGAGCUUCGAAGAGUACUCCGAUGAGAGCAACAACAAUGGCGGGAGUACUGAUCACUCACCAAUUUCCACCGUCACCAAUAUCUCCCUCAAAGAGGAGCCGAAAACCGAACCUGAGUACCUCAUCCUGGUCGGGUGCACCGAGUGCAUGAAGUACAUGAUGGUCGCAAAAACCACCGCGGCAUGCCCCAAGUGCAAUGGGGAGCUCAUGUUCUUUGACCAGGUGGAUUGA